AAUUUGGCCCGCACCCCCCUUCCAGUUUUUGGAAACGACCUUUCUGGAGAAGCAAGAGUUUGUCGCCGACGACAUAUCAACGCCCCCAAACAACACCGCCAAAAUGGUUGCCGCAAAGAAGCACGUCCCGAUCGUGAAGAAGCGCACGAAGGGCUUCAUGCGCCACCAGAGCGACAGGUUCAAGCGCGUCGACCCCAGCUGGAGGAAGCCCAAGGGUAUUGACAACCGUGUCCGCCGUCGAUUCAAGAGCAACCUGGCUAUGCCCUCGAUCGGCUACGGCUCAAACAAGAAGACCCGCCACAUGAUGCCCUCGGGUCACAAGGCCUUCCUCGUCCAGAACACCAACGACGUCGAGCUCCUCCUCAUGCACAACCAGACCUUCGCGGCAGAGAUCGCCCACAACGUUUCGUCGAGAAAGCGCAUCGACAUCAUCGCCAGGGCGAAGCAACUCGGCGUCAAGGUCACGAACCCCAAGGCGAAGGUCACGACCGAGGUAUAAAGGGAAAAAAGGGUCAUCUCUGGGUAUUCGGCUUUGUUAUGGUUGCGACACGGACUUCUCUUUUUUUCCAUUUGCUCUUGGUCUGCGGGGAAAGGGAGUACAAAGAUUACUGGCAUUACCGCAUAAGAGUUUCGGGGGCCGUCUGGCCAUCAUGAAUUGCAACUUUCUGGUCACAUUCUCGGUUCCGUGCGUGAGGCGUGACCGGCGGCCAGGGGAAGGGGCGCAAGUACUGCAGGAUUAUACCUGGUGCGGUCACGUUCUAUUGGCACCGAGGGAGGAGCCAGGGAGGAAGAAGCGGAGAAAUGAACACGCUCUCGCACGAACCCACGUCUUGUUCUACAUCUUGCGGCUAUCUGCCGUCUGCCACUGGCGGCCAAUUCGAAGGAAGAACGGCGCCUUGAUGUGUGAUACUACAAGACCCCAAAAUCAACAGCCUGUCCCGCCCCGUCGAGCCAAGUCUAUUCUAGAAAGCUGGGAACCUAGAACAAAGGAAGCUGCCCCGGACUGUCCGCCAGAAACUCCUGUCACGAUUUUACUGCUGGGCACACUGAGGGGCUCCCUCGUCC